UGACAGUUGUAUUUAAUUCAUGUUGUAUUUAGAUUAACGUUAUUUUAACCAAAUAUAGGUUUGUAUUUACAAUGAUUUGCAAUUCUAUUCCUAUGUCAAGAACCGACGUAGUCACUGAUCUCUUUAGAUAUAAAUACGCGUAAUUAUACGCAUUUUAUAUUUAUAGAGUUCAGUGGACAUAGAACACAUGAUGAAGCUCUGUUAAUAUUUAUUUAAAUCCAUCGUCGCUUCUACAAUCAACGGACGUUUCAUUAAUAAAACAAAGUCAUCAGAAUGACAGCUACGGAUGAUAGAUCCGAAGGGUUCGGAGUGUUGCCGGAUGAGUUACUUCUUGCAGUCUUCCAGUUUCUACCACUUGAAACAUUGUUGACCUGUGAGAAUGUUUGCAAGCACUGGAGGAAAAUAGCUCGCGAUACUACACUAUGGAGGAGAUUUGUUAUUGUUUACUCUGGAAAGCCAGGACAAAGUGAAGUAAGUGAAAAAAAUUUGGAGAUUAUUCAUAGUCAUGGGCGGUUAAUAUCCAACUUAAAGCUACAGUACUUAUAUAGUUAUCAAGAAAUUAAAUCAAUUUUGGAACAAUGCAGUAAUCUUACAUCUAUAGAGCUAGUAAUGUGCCGAUUAGGGAAAGAAUUUGAAAGUUACAUAAAUAGAUGGCCUAAUUUAAAGAAAAUUAAUUUGAAGAACUCUCUCUUGUUGACAAAUGACAAUUUAGUAAUUAACUAUGAUAAUUUUCAACAUCUUAAUUUCUUGGCUUUAUCAGAUUUUGGUAUUUCCCCAGUGAACUGUAAUACAUUAUUACAUUGUCCAUAUUUAAACCAUAUUUUUAUUGAAAAGAUUAAAAAUUUAAAUUUAGAAUUCAUUAAAGAAUUAAUUAUAACUAAGCAGAGAACAUUAGUUACAUUACAUAUUUACGGUGGAGAUUCUAUAGAUGACCAUAGCAUGCAAUUAUUAUCACAAUGUUCUAUGUUAAAAGAUUUAGCAAUAAUAAGAUGUGAAAAUCUCACAGACAAAGGUUUAAUAUCUUUGGUAAAUUUGCAAAAGGUUCAACAUUUACAGAUUUGGAAUAACACUAAUUUUUCUGAAUUUGUUUUGCUCCAUACAUUAGGCAGUCCUAAUUUAAAAACAUUGGAAAGUUUAAGUUUAUCUAGAAUUGGAAACAUUUCACCUGUAAUUGUUGAUAUUAUAUCUGAAUAUUAUAAGAAUCUUAAGUUUUUAGCUCUGUACCAGUGCCCUAGAAUUAUUAACACUGAUUAUGAAAAACAGUUAAAAUCAAAAUUUCGCAACAUUGAUGUUGUAUUAUAUUAAUUACGUUUAAAAAAUAUUGUAUUGUGAUGUUGAUAUUUUUAAUA